UUAAGUGUAAACUGUUAAGAUUGAGAGAGAGAGAGAGAAAGAGAGAACAAAAGAGAGAAGAGAAAACCCUAGCGUGUUCUUCAGUGACUGUGGGGGGAGAGAUUUCUCGUUAUUUCUCCGCCAAAUCCAGCUUUCUCAUCUGUGGAAUCGACGGUGGCUUUAGCUUAUUCACGCUGAGGAGUCCUCUCUGUGUGUGUUUCCUGAAUCUAGGGUUUGUAGAGAUCUAAUUCGUAGAUACGCAUCCCGAAUCGAAACGAGAGAGAGAAGAGAAACUAAGGAGAGGGGAGUCAUGUCUGAUUCUGAUAAAGAGGUCGAGAAUCAGAUUCUUGAAGCUGGUGUUAAGCUUCUUGACCCACCUUCUUCUGUCGAUGAGCUUCUUUCUCUCCUUGACAAACUUUUCCUAUGCCUAGCGGAGGUUGAACAGUCACCUCCUGAAUCAAUGCAGAAUGCACUCUCUCCAUUGAUGACAGCAUUAGUCGGUGGAAAACUCUUCAAGCAUUCUGACGUCGAAGUGAAAGUUGCAGUCGCUGCCUGUAUCAGUGAGAUUACAAGAAUAACUGCUCCCGAGGCUCCUUACGAUGAUGAACAGAUGAAGGAAGUAUUCAAGUUAAUUGUAUCAUCAUUUGAAGAUCUAGUUGACAAAUCUAGCCGUUCCUAUCCCAAAAGGAUCUCAAUCCUUGAAACUGUGGCUAAGGUCAGAUCAUGUGUUGUGAUGUUGGAUCUUGAGUGUGAUGCACUUCUUAUUGAGAUGUUCCAGCAUUUCCUCAAGGGUAUAAGAGACCAUCAUUCAGGGAAUGUGUUUUCAUCUAUGGAGAACAUUAUGACCCUCGUUUUAGAGGAAAGCGAGGAUAUACCUUCAGAGAUGCUGUCACCAAUUCUUUAUUAUGUUAAAAAGGAUGAUGAGGUUUCUCAAGUAUCACGGAGGUUGGCAGAAAAAGUUCUCAGUAACUGUGCUAGCAAGCUCAAAACGUAUCUGACUCAAGCAGUGAAAUCGUCGGGUGUCCCUUUAGAUAAGUAUAGUAACAUAGUGGCUUCGAUAUGUGAAGGGACAUUCAGUGCUUUGCAGCACGACCAAGCUGUUGCGAAUGAAAAAGAAGAUAGUCAAGGUCAUAUAACAAGGGAAGCGGAAGUAGAGGAUAAACAGAAGGCAGCAGAUAUUUGUACCCCUGAGCGAAUUGAUGCACCUAAGGAUGAAUCUAGUAAAUCCGGAGUUAGCAAUGGUGUGGCGCAACAGAAUGAUUCUUCCAUUGAUACUGAUUCCACAAAGAAGCACGACAAUACGGGUGCCAAAGAUGAGCCCCAACAACUUGAUAAUCCUAGCAACACUGACUUGGAUAAAACUUCUGAAGAGAAGACUGACGUUGAACAUCAGAUUAAGGAAAAAGAAAACCAAUCCAGUCCUGUCAAACAGGCAGAUUCAUCAAAAAGUUCAGAUAUCAAAGAGGAGACUGAACCUGCAGCACUCCUGGACAGCAAGGAUGUGUUAACUUCGCCCCCUGAUGAUCCAUCUGUGAAUGCAGCCACUUCUUCUGAGAAUGAGAAGAAAACAAGCGUGCAGGCUUCACCAUCUAAGACAUCAGCAGAUGAAAUUACCAAUGCCAGUUCUCCAUCAAGGGCUGAGGAUCUUCCUGAGCAAAGCUGCACUAAGAAGACUGCAAACCAGAAGGAAAAGGAGAGCCCAACAAAGGAGGUCAAACCUUCUGCUUCUGUUGCUACCGAAGAAGCUUCGGAAAAACCAAACACUUCUGAAGCUCAGAUGACGAAAAAGUCUGGAAAGAAGGUUGCUUCUUCAAGUAAAGCAAAGCCUACAAUUCCUCCUUCAAAGAAAAGCACUACUGAGACAAAAGCAGCGAAGCAGUCAGAGAAAAAAGCAGUUGAGAGUGAUAGUGCACAAGAAUCCACAAAGCCAAAAGAGGAUAAGAAAAAGCCAGGACGUGAGAAAGCCAUGGAAGAGGAGUCAUUACACACUUCGUCUGGUGAUAAUGAAAAAGCAGCUGUUUCCUCUGGAAAGUCAGCCUCAAAAUCAAAGAAAGAAGCAAAGCAACCAGUAGAAGAAAGUCCUAGUACAACCACAAAGAGAAAACGAAGUCUAGACAAAGGAAAGGCAUCUGAUCUACAAAACCAUGAUGAAAAUUUAGUUGGGUCGAGGGUCAAAGUCUGGUGGCCUAUGGAUCAAGCGUAUUAUAAAGGUGUGGUCAAUUCGUAUGAUUCUGCUAAGAAGAAACAUCUGGUUUGCUAUGAUGAUGGCGAUCAAGAAAUCUUGAACUUAAAGAAACAGAAGUGGUAUUUUCUGGAUGAAUCAGGGUCGUCGGAGGAUGAAGAAGCUGCUGAUCAGACGGAUGAAGAUAAAGAAGCCUCUACAGCGCCCCAGAAGAAGAAAGCUAAGACAGGCAAGCAAUCAAAGAUGGACUCAUCAACGAAAAAGGGUGGUGGAGCUGGAUCAAGUAAGUCUAAAGCUGCUUCUGCUGCCAAGUCUGGCAAGAAAUCCCAGGAUGACAAGAGAGAGAGCAAACCAAAGGAUUCGAAGGAAGCUGACAGAGAAGAAGAGGAUAGCUCUGAAGAGUCGAGCGAGGAAGAGGAAACCCCAAAAACCGUUGCUAAAUCAGGAAGCAGCAAGCUGAAGAAAAAUGUAUCGAAAUCUGGAAAAUCAAAGGACCAAGGAGCCUCUGGAACAUCCAAAGCUUCAUCUAAGAAAAAGGAAGAGACGUCCAAGACUACAACAACUCCAAAAUCCAAGUCAGGACCUGGAAAAUCUGCACCGGCGAAAAGCAAAACAGGAAAGGGAAAAGCAAAAUCUACACCUGCCUCCAAAGCCAAGGAGAGCGAUACAGAGUCAGAAUCUGAAGAGAAGGCGCAAGAAACAGCAACUAAAGGGAAGUCGCAGGGAAGUCAGGCAAAGUCUGGUAAGAAGAGGAAGCGAUGAGUGUCUGGCCUUUUGAGGAGAAGAAGGCUUGCGCUUUUUUUUUCUUUUCAAUCAUGAGUAUGUAAUUUAAGGUGCAAAUCUAAGCGUGAUGGGUGUGGUGGUAAUGGACUAAUGGUGGGUUGGUGGUGGCCGUGAGAAAAUGGUGAAGACUUGAUGUCGUCUUGGGCAGUAGAAGUGUAGAAUUGUUUUAAAACAAGAAGCGUAGUGGUGGUUUUCUAUUUAAUUAGGUUUGGUAUCAGCAUUAUGUAGUGUUAAGGUUGAUACGUAAGAUUGGCUUUGGUUAUUUUUAUUUUUUUGACCCACGUUCAUCUAUCUCUCCAUGAGUUCUGCAGAGAGUAUUUGGGUAGAUAAAUUCUAAACGCAUUUCGACUGUUAGCAGUUCUCUCCCCAAACCAUCAUCAUCAUUGAAAUUUGGAUUUUAUGUAGGUUGAUAACAAGUUGAUGUGUA